UUACUGCUCAUAAUCCUUGGCAACUAGAUCUUCCUCUGAAUUCUCUACAGGCAGGUUGAUGGAUCUUGACAGGAAAGUGGUUGCACUCCCUCCGGAACUCUGGCCACCGAAGAAGCCCAUUACUGAAGAUGAUGAUUCGCGCAAGCCUGAUAUUAUGCCGAUUGUAUUGCAGAACUUUCCUGGGACUGGGGUAUUGGCAGUACAUAUUCACAGGGCUGUUGGCCUCUCAGUCCCACAAUACCAGGCGGCUUCGAAGCAGCCUGAAAAUAGUUCCUCUAAUGUCACACCCAAAACUACACGCGCAACUCUUCCAAUUUCGAAUCGUCGAAGCCUGCCUUAUGCUAUCCUAGAGUGCGAUGGGUCCGAAAUCUCUAUUGAUGCCUUUGAGGGGACCAAUGAAAACCCGGAUUGGCUGAAUUUGGGAAAGAUGAAGUUUGACAUUGCCAGAGCUACAGAGUUGAAAAUACGUCUAUAUGCGAGAAACGCGGAUAGUCACUACAAAGGAAGCCAAGAUACGCUGCUUGGUUAUGCGAAAAUGAAUCCUAGUUUUGGAGACGGAAACUCUCAUCAAAUGGAAUGGCUACCAAUCGAGAAUGGCACUGGAAAAUUACUCGUUGAGAGCGAUUACGAACCAAACAGGGCGCUGCAGAUCGAGACUUCGAAACCACAAUUUUCGUCGCGCAAACAUGCUCAUAUAUAUGCUUAUAUUGGCCAUUCACUCGAGGUGGACACCUCUUCUACCACCUACAACAGGCGCUACGGUUCCAGACUGAUAGGGCAAAAUUCUCCUAAAUUACUUUCCGGACCUUUAUUGACAAGCACUGUUACCAAAGAAUCAAAGUGGACGCUAGGGUCCUUUCUAUUUGAGAUGUUGACGGGUUUGCCUCCGUUUUACGAUGAAGACGCAGAGCAGAGACGUUACAACAUUCUCUCAGAACCUCUUGAAAGACCGACUAGGGGCGAAUGGGGCAUUCGAAAUCAAGGCUCAUCGCUUUUCGAUGGCAUUGAUUGGGAGAAAGUUUCACAGCGGGAAUAUGAACCUGCUUUCAAGCCCCAUGAAUGUGAAAUGAUCUUUGUACAAGAAAAACGCCGUCCGAUUGAUAAAAAGUCCCUAGAGGACCAGUUCUCGAGUUGGAGCUGGGAGCCCCCGCUUAUCGAAAGACGACCAGCUGUUGUUAAAUCCCCCCCAAUUAUCAAGGAACGAACACCUGUUGUUGAACUCGACGAAAGUGCAAGUGAAAAUAAAGAGGACUGGGAGCUGAUUUGGCAACGAGAGGUACAACAAUUCUAUUUCUAUAAUCACUCCACAAAGAAUGAAAAGUCCAUAAUUUCGAACCGAGAGAAACAGUCUCGAAAGUUCAAGGGCGGUGCUGCUUGGGUACGCGACGUUCCUAAUGCCAACAUCGAUACUUCUUUGCCAGACGCGACGCAAUCCCAGGAGGCGCUCAGAGCAGUGCUGGAAAAUCAAUAUAUGCACCUGAUCCCCACACUGUUGAAGGAAUAUAGCAUUGAUCUAAAUACACAGUUUCAAUUUGGGUCUGUUCAUACAACACCACUGAAUUAUGUGACAGGGCUGGAAGACGUUGAGACAAAAGGGAACCAAGAGCUUAUAGAAAUACUCGUUCAAAGGACAGACCGCAUACCAUGCACUAGAGCAUUGACUCAUGCUGUGAGCAGAAAGGAUGUCCCAAUUGUCAAUAUCUUGCUCGCGAACGGUGUGAAAUGCGACUUUGAAGAUUCAGAUCGACCAGCAGGCCCUGGUCCCUGCGUGCUUGAUGAUGAUUGGGACCUGAAUGCAACAAUGGGUGACGCAUCCGAGCCAGACGAAUAUAUCCCACCACUUGUUAGAGCUACUUUUUUGGGCGAUGUGCACUUUGUGCAGCUUUUACUCGCUUAUGGCGCAGAUGCCAACAUCGGCUAUCAUGACUUGCAUAGUUCUAUGCCAGGUUUCUAUGAUAUAUCUGAACAAUUUCAUAUGCGCUGUGGAAGACCUAUACAGUUGGCAAUGGAACUAGGACACCGGGAUGUAGUUCAGCUAUUGCUCAGCUACGGUGCAGAUAUUGAUCUUGCUCAGCCAGUUUGGCAGCAUCAUCACUGCAAAAUGAUACCCAGGGCGGCACGUCACGAAAUUAUAGCUCAACUUAGGUCAGUGGUGGCGUCAGUGGCCGUGUGA